AUGGAUGUGGCCUCGACGACGCCGAGUGCCGUCAUCCGAGUGCAGAUUCUGGAGGGCCGGAGCCUUUCCGAUGGCUGCAAGAAGCCGUACUGCGUGGUCCGCCUCGGCGACAAGAUCGAACGAUCUGGCGUUGGCUCGGCAGGUUCGCACCCUGCCUGGGGGGCGGCGGAGGGAUCAGUGACCGUGACUUGGGAUGCAGAAGACUUUCUGGAAUUCACCAUCCGAGAGAAAGGCUCCGGGCUUUGGGCAGAGGACUCGAAGGUGGGGACGGCGCACGUGAAUGUCUCUGCUUUGGCACGCCUGGCGCACUUCCGCGGGCCACUGCACGUCUUCCGCCGUGGGACUGAGAAGGCUGGUGAGCUGGUGGUCGAUCUCCUGGCAAAGGAGAUAUCGCCGAUGGGUCCUGCAAAGCUCCUGCAGCCUGCUUUGGUGAAAGUCCACAGCAACGGGCUGAUGGGGGCCGUGGCAGCCGUCGCAGAUUUCGAAGCGCUGGACAUCUUCAAGACGUAUCACAUCGUGCUCUGGGCUACCUCGGAGAAGUUCGGCGACAUGUUCAACUCCAACUGGGAUGAGGAGCACAAGAAGCUGUUCAAGGAUCCGCUGAAAAAGGUGGUUCAGGCUGAGCACGCAUCACUUUACAGUGAUGGAGUUUGUCCGCAUUUCACAUACUGGGGCGGGAAGCGCAACGAGAGAGCAACGCUGGGAAGAGGUAAUGACUUCUUGUCACUGCUGGGAAAUGGAGUUCGCAAGGGACGGAGGCGCGUGUACACAUAUGUGGUGCUGGACGAAGGGAUGUUCUUUUCAGAGACGGGUGCCAACAUUGCGAAAGACUUCUUCAGCAAGCAUGCUGUGCAUGCAAAUGCUUCACCAGAGGUUCGCAUGGCGGGAACAUUCCGCAUGUGCGAGACGCCAGAGCGCGCGCUCAUCCUUUUCCUGGACAAUGACUCCGGCGCGGGACCUUCACCCCAAAAGGGCGACCGCGUCCAGGUGCGAUACGAGACGCGGCAUCAGGGAAAAUGCGUGGAAUCCAUGGCGGAGGAGGCUUUCGAGUUCGUCCUUGGAGAAGACCAGGUGCUGGAGGCCUGGGACCUGGGGGUGGCCACGAUGCGGCCAG